GCACCACUGCCGAACAACCACCACCACCAGUCCACCACCACCGCACCGAGGCUGGCAAGCCAAGGCGAGGCACCGACGCCCACCGCGAGCCCAAAAUUAACUAGGCGUCCACACAAAUCGCUCCACCUCCCCUCGCUGCUCCGCUUCCCCGAGAUCCGCUCCGCCCGCCCGCUCGCUUCCCUCCGGCCUGUCUACGGCGGCGAAGUUGCCUCGCGCACGAUAUCGCUGCGGCUGCCGGCAAGCAAGCGCGGCCUGAUUGGGUGACCGGUUCUUGGCCGGGUUUGGCUGGCCAUUCGACGGAGGACUGGAAAAGGAGGAGGUGGGGAAGAGGCGAGGUGCCUGAGGAAGGGGUGGGCGACCAGCCGCCAGAUUCGGGCGAGGGAGCGCGUUGGCGCGGCUGGUGAGGUUCGGCUUCUUGGAAGCUCCGAAGGUGGCGGUGGUCGAGAAAGAAAAGGGGGAGGCUUUCUGCGGUGCUGCAUUGGGUGGAGGCGAGGUGGGUGCUUGGAGGAGGUGGUGGAUUUAAAGAGCCUUCAGCUUUGGAUGGUCGCGCCGGCGGCAUAGCUUCUUGGUUCGUGGCGCUCGGUUGGUCCAUGGUCGAUGGGGUGGAAGGUGGCGUCAGGGUGGAAGGUGGCGUCAGGGGGUAAGGCGGCGGCCGUCGGCGGCGAGAAGUUCAGGUUUCCUCCGUCGUCCGCAGCCGCGCGGUCGCGGAUGAAGCUCUGGGUGGUGCGCGCCACCACGACGUUGCUGCUCUGGACCUGCGUCGUGCAGCUCACCGCCGUCGGCGACACCUGGGGCCCGCGGGUGCUCAAGGGCUGGCCCUCCUGCCUCACGGCGCCGGAGGAGGCGGCCGACGCGCUCGCCGGCGCCACGCGGCCGCAACCCGUCGUCGAGAAGGCCGCGCUGCCGCCCAAAAGAAUAUAUAGGAACAACGGUUAUUUGAUGGUUUCGUGCAAUGGUGGGCUUAACCAAAUGCGAGCUGCAAUAUGUGACAUGGUUGUAAUUGCAAGAUAUUUGAAUGUCACUUUAGUUGUACCAGAGUUGGAUAAGACUUCAUUUUGGAAUGAUCCAAGCGAGUUCCAAGAUAUAUUUGAUGUUGAACACUUCAUAUCCUCAUUACGAGACGAAGUUCGCAUUCUGAGAGAACUACCCCCAAGGGUAAAGAAAAGAGUUGAACUUGGGAUGUUUCACUCAAUGCCACCGAUUAGUUGGUCGGAUAUCUCCUAUUACCAUAAGCAGAUUCUUCCUUUGUUUCGGAAGUACAAGGUUCUCCAUUUGAAUAGAACUGAUGCCAGGAUAGCAAACAAUGAUUUGCCAAUAGAGAUUCAGAAACUGCGAUGCCGAGUAAAUUAUGCCUCUCUCAGAUUUACCUCACAAAUUGAAGAGUUGGGCGGUAGAGUAAUUAGAAUACUUCGCCAAAAUGGCCCUUUUUUAGUCCUUCAUUUACGUUAUGAAAUGGAUAUGCUGGCUUUCUCUGGCUGUACACAAGGUUGCAGUCAUGAAGAGGCAGAAGAGCUCACAAGAAUGAGGUAUGCUUAUCCAUGGUGGAAAGAGAAAAUCAUUGACUCAGACUUGAAAAGAAAAGAUGGCCUUUGCCCAUUGACGCCGGAGGAGACUGCUCUUGUCCUCAGAGCAUUGGACAUUGAUAGAAGUAUGCAAAUAUACAUUGCUGCUGGAGAAAUUUAUGGUGGAAAGCGCAGGAUGGCUGCUCUAACUUCAGCAUAUCCGAAUGUGGUAAGGAAGGAAACACUUCUGGAACCUUCUGAUCUGAUGUUCUUCCAGAACCAUUCAUCACAAAUGGCAGCACUGGAUUACUUGGUAUCUUUAGAAAGUGAUAUAUUUGUUCCAACAUACGAUGGCAAUAUGGCUAAAGUAGUUGAGGGUCAUCGGAGAUUCAUGGGUUUCAAGAAGACAAUCUUGUUAGAUCGAAAACUUAUUGUUGAGCUAGUAGAUCGGUAUAACAAUGGUUCUCUCCGCUGGGAUGAGUUCUCUAAAUUGCUCAAGGCUGCCCAUGUGAAGCGGAUGGGAUCAGCUUCGAAGAGGACAGUGAUUCCCGACAGACCCAAGGAAGAGGACUACUUCUAUGCCAAUCCCCAAGAAUGCCUCCAAGAUCGUGAUCCUUUACAGACAUCAUGAUAUCCACUCAUGUCUAUCUUUCAUUCACAUUAUACCAUUCUUUUGCAACUUAAUCUAAAGCUGGCUCAUCGUUAUUUGGGAGCCAGAAAGGCAGAUCGGCUUUGCUCUGAGUCACAGUUACAGUUAAAUGGCUUGUAGACUUAGGAGAAGGGGAAAGGAGGUUGUUGGAUGUAGUUGGUAAAUACACAUUAUAGAAGUGGAGGGGAUUUGUUCAUUCCACCAAAUAAAGAGAUGGUCUUGUAUAGAUGGUGAUAGAAUUUACCACUAAAGAGUAAUGUAAUUUAAGCGAGAACUGAGAGGGGUUGCCAUAUCCGAUCUUUGGUUGUGUAACAUAGCAAUUGUUCCUGAUACCCUCCCCCAUCCUCUCCAAUGGCCAAAUUUUGUCUAGCAAGUUGUUGAAAAAUAUGUAUACUGUUGUUUAUUGUAC